AAUAUGAUUCAAUAUUUCAUUUUCUUACACAUUAACACACCUUUUAAAAAACAAAAGGUAUGUAAUAUUAAAGUAUUAUUAACUCCGUGCAAUGACAUUACAAAUACGGAACAAAGAACGUUUAUCGCAAUGAAAUAAAGAAAUAGUAACAGUGGGUGUACGCUCGUAUGAGUUUAGUUAUCAGGCGUCCCCGCCUCGUGUAGUCGUUCCCAAAAAUAACGCAAUGGCUAUGGAAAAUAAACACAAUAUUAGAACUACGCAUGACAGAGAUGUGUGGGGAUACGCAGUUUGCUUUGGCACAGCUAUUACUUUCAUCGCUGGAAUCGGACAUGUAAAUUCAUUUGGUCUUAUUUAUAAAGAUUUUAUCGUAGAUACAAAUUCUACUGCGAAGUCCUUAACGACAGCCCACGGUGUAUUUGCUAUAAUGCUGUCUGUGGGAGGACUUCUUCUCAGCAUGCUGUCUAAGAGAUAUUCCUUGAGAUUAGGAGGAUUUAUUGGCGCCAGUUUAUUUACUAUGGGAUCUUUCUUUACUAUUUUUAUCUCGAAUACAAAUCAGUUGACGCUAACAUUUGGUGUGCUACAAGGAAUUGGUUUCGGCAUGAUGGUGCCCGUUUGUUACCAGUCAAUCAAUUACUAUUUUGUGAAGAAGAGAACAUUUGUAAUGAGUUCCAUAAAAGCUGUUCAAGGCAUAAUUAUCAUGUGGUAUCCACAAUUUAUUAAGCUGAUUACUUCGUUUUACGGAUUCAGAGGAACUUUGUUGAUAUUAACCGGAGUAGCACUGCACACGUUUCCUGGAAUACUGACGAUGCAAGUGAAGCAGAUGACUUCAAAAAAUAAAAGAAUAGCAACUGAUAUAGAAAAGAGAACAAACGGUGAAGAAAAUUUUGAUCUACUGUUGAAUAAUGAGAAUAUUGAAGUUAUUAAACCGAGAUGUACUAUAGCAGACAAAAUAUUGUUGCUUGGAUCUGAAGUUCUGGAACUAUUUAAUCUGAAGGUUUUAAAAGAUUUCGUCUAUUGUAAUAUUUGUUUUGGACAGAGUUUCGUUAACUUUUCUGAUUUGACGUUUUUUAUCUUACAACCAAUGCUUUUGUUCCAGUAUGGUUUCGAUAAGAGUCAAGUAGCUACAUGUAUAUCGAUCGGGGCUGGGGCGGAUGUCGCAGGGAGAUUUGGUUUAGCUCUCAUCAGCGGUCUUUAUCCAGUCAAUACUAGGAUACUUUUCUAUAUUGCCACUCUCUUUACACUCAUCAUAAGAAUAGCAUUACUCCAAGUGCAGGAAUACAUUUGGAUAGUUGGAAUCACUGGUGCUUUGGGCAUAUUGCGGGCAUGCUUGCAUGUGGCCAGCCCAUUGGUCAUAUCAAACCACGUUUCCCAUCAAGACUUUCCAGGAGCAUAUGCGCUAUUUAUGCUAGCAGCGGGAGUGGUUAACGUUGUUUUAGCACCUUUUAUAGGAUCUCUUAAGGAUUUGUACGAUGACUACGUUCCUUCAUUUUACGCCUUAGCUGUAUGCUGUAUUCCCUGUUUAGUCCUUUGGCCUUUAGAAUACUUAUUUAUAAAAUAAUUUGUAUUAUAUAACUAAAAGAAUUUAUAGUGUAUGUAAAUAUU